UGGUCAGCAGCAGCUCCGGUGUUUUGAAUGGAGCUGGUCGACCUCGCGGUGGUUAUGUAGGUAUUCUCUACUACAUCUGCGCAAUGGAACCUGCAAAAGCCACACGCGUCUGUUUAGAUUUCUUCUUAUUGUUUUUCAUCUUCGCAAAAUGUCAGGGUCGCGAGUCAGACUCGGAAUAUGUUACGUGUGGAUCUUUGGUCAAACUGAUGAACCCAAAGCACAACGUUAGACUCCACUCGCAUGAUGUGAAAUACGGCUCAGGUAGUGGGCAGCAGUCAGUAACAGGUGUGGAUGCAGUAGACGACGCAAACAGUUACUGGCGCAUCCGUGGUAAACCAAAUGAAAUAUGCCAGCGUGGAGUGCCCAUUAAAUGUGGUCAGGCUAUCCGUUUCACUCACAUGAAGACAGGACGCAACCUCCACAGUCACCAUUUCAGCUCUCCUCUUUCGAACCACCAGGAGGUGAGUGCUUUUGGAGAGAACGGUGAAGGUGAUGAUUUAGAUGUGUGGACGGUCCAGUGCAGCGGGACCUACUGGGAGCGUGAAGAUGAUGUCCAGUUCAAGCAUCUUGGCACCAGUGUCUUCCUCAGCGUGACUGGAGAGCAGUAUGGCCAUCCAAUCAGGGGCCAGCGUGAGGUUCAUGGAAUGCCCUCGCCCAAUUCGAACAGCUACUGGAAAGUGAUGGAGGGGGUUUUUAUUCUUCCCGGUACUGAACCCUUAAAUCAUGAUGAGCUCUGAUGACUCAAAAAGCACUGUACUCUCAGCCAAUAAAGACUGUACCACUAUUUCACAACUGGUGUUGCUUUAUUUUCAUUUGUCCUGUCUGAUCUGAGUUUAGUUUUUAUUUCCAGUUUAUUUUCUACUCCUCAUGUCUGCUUUGUAAUUAAAAAAUCACAUCAUCAAUAAAAUGUAUGGAAUAAAAAUGCUAAUUUGAAUCAGUUUCCCUGUUGGAAAGGAAUGACAUUUCUUUCAUUACUUGCAUUUUUAUUUUCUUAUGUAUAUAGGUAAAAUGACUACUGGCUGUGUGUUUGAGGUUUUUGCAGUGGCUGUUCUGUAUUUAUCAGUAGUGCAUAGUCUGUUGAUCAGCUGUUUGAAGGAUGGAAUUAUACUAUAAAAAUAAAUUCAUUUUUACAAACAUGAAAUCAGGUUUUGGCAGUCCAUGCCCUCCAUCACUGUAUGUGUUUUAUUCUCUUGAUAACUAUGAAUGAAUGAAUAAAUAAAUUUAAAUAAAACACACACAUUAUGACCACCUGCCUAA